AUGUUCCAGCCUCCCGGGGGCUGUGCCUCCGUGUCCCCGCAGCAGAGCCACGUGGAGAGUGCGGGCACCCGGCGGGAGAGCCGCUGUGAGGGCGUGUGUGCCCCAGGGGGUGUUCCAAUAGAUGGCGGCUGCUCCUGGCACCUGGGUGCUGGCUGCCACUCGGAGAGGACGCUGACGGCACUGGCCAAGAUGGGGACCAUGUGUCCCCAGAGCCAGCUGGCACUUUGGGGGCAGCAGAAGCCAGGCGUCUCCCGCCAGGCAGGUCUCUUCUCCGAUCAUGGACAUCGGUUGCCAGAGGCAGCCAGUGAUGACCGCCACCAUUUUAUGGCCUUGGCCAUCAACCCAGGGCAAACCCGGGCGGCCUCUACCACGGCCGUCCACGAGUUUGUAGGACCCACGUGGGAUGGCGCGCACUGUCUUGGUAUGGCCUCACAUGUGCACGUCUUCUCCCCACCCACCCUCCAGUCAAGUGCCUUCUGUAGUGUGAAGAAGCUGAAGGUGGAGGCCAGUUCCAGCUGGGACAUGACUGGGUACGGCUCCCACGGCAAAGUCUACAGCCAGAGCAAGCACCUAGCACCGUCACAGCCAGCCGCCGCCGCCGUCAGCACCUCCCUGCCCAUCCCGAACCCAAGCCUACCUUACGAGCAGACCGUCAUCUUCCCGGGCAGCGCUGGGCACAUCGUGGUCACUUCGGCCAGCAGCACCUCCGUCGCCGGGCAGGUCCUCGGGGGGCCGUCCAACCUGAUGCGCCGGAGCACGGUGAGCCUCCUCGACACCUACCAGAAAUGCGGGCUCAAGCGUAAGAGUGAGGAGAUCGAGAACACGAGCAGUGUGCAGAUUAUCGAAGAGCACCCACCCAUGCUCCAGAACAACGCCAGCGGGGCCACCGUCGCCACUGCCGCCACAUCCACUGCCACCUCCAAGAACAGUGGCUCCAACAGCGAGGGCGACUACCAGCUGGUCCAGCACGAGGUGCUGUGCUCCAUGACCAACACCUACGAGGUCCUGGAGUUCCUGGGCCGGGGCACGUUCGGGCAGGUGGUGAAGUGCUGGAAGCGGGGCACCAACGAGAUUGUGGCCAUCAAGAUCCUCAAGAACCACCCGUCAUACGCGCGGCAGGGCCAGAUCGAGGUCAGCAUCCUGGCGCGGCUCAGCACGGAGAGCGCCGACGACUACAACUUCGUCCGGGCCUACGAGUGCUUCCAGCACAAGAACCACACCUGCCUGGUCUUCGAGAUGCUGGAGCAGAACCUCUACGACUUCCUGAAGCAGAACAAGUUCAGCCCGCUGCCCCUCAAGUACAUCCGCCCCGUCCUCCAGCAGGUGGCCACGGCCCUGAUGAAGCUCAAGAGCCUGGGCCUCAUCCACGCCGACCUCAAGCCCGAGAACAUCAUGCUGGUCGACCCGUCCAGGCAGCCCUACCGGGUCAAGGUCAUUGACUUUGGCUCCGCCAGCCACGUGUCCAAGGCCGUCUGCUCCACCUACCUGCAGUCCCGAUACUACAGAGUUGCCGCCGCCAGGGACGCCCUGGCGAUGGAGGUGGUACCGGAUGAGGAGGCCUCUCGUUCGGCUGUGCGUAAGGCCGCCACCCCAGAUGACCAUGAAGCAGAGACAGGGAUCAAGUCCAAAGAGGCCCGGAAGUACAUUUUCAACUGUCUGGAUGACAUGGCCCAGGUGAACAUGACCACAGACCUGGAAGGGAGCGACCUGUUGGUGGAGAAGGCCGACCGCCGGGAGUUCAUCGACCUGCUGAAGAAGAUGCUGACCAUCGAUGCCGACAAGCGGGUCACGCCCAUCGAGACCCUGAACCACCCCUUCGUCACCAUGACGCACCUCCUCGAUUUCCCCCACAGCACACACGUCAAAUCCUGCUUCCAGAACAUGGAGAUUUGCAAGCGCCGGGUGAACAUGUACGACACCGUGAACCAGAGCAAGACCCCCUUCAUCACGCACGUGGCCCCCAGCACCUCCACCAACCUGACCAUGACCUUUAACAACCAGCUGAACACUGUCCACAACCAGCCCUCCGCAGCAUCCAUGGCGGCCGUGGCCCCACGCAGCAUGCCCUUGCAAACGGGGACAGCCCAGAUUUGCGCCAGGCCCGACCCCUUCCAGCAAGCUCUCAUCGUGUGUCCCCCCGGCUUCCAAGGGUUGCAGGCCUCGCCCUCGAAGCACGCUGGCUACUCGGUACGGAUGGAGAACGCUGUGCCCAUUGUCACGCAAGCCCCCGGCGCUCAGCCCCUCCAGAUCCAACCAGGUCUGCUCGCCCAGCAGGCCUGGCCCAGCGGGACCCAGCAGAUCCUGCUCCCCCCCACGUGGCAGCAGCUCACAGGCGUGGCGGCCCACACGUCUGUGCCGCAUGCGGCCGUCAUACCCGAGACCAUGGCAGGCACCCAGCAGCUGGCCGACUGGAGGAACACCCAUGCCCAUGGCAGCCAUUACAAUCCCAUCAUGCAGCAGCCUGCCCUGCUGACAGGCCACAUGACGCUCCCCGCAGCCCAGCCCUUGAACGUGGGUGUGGCUCACGUGAUGCGGCAGCAGCCCACCAGCACCACCUCCUCCAGGAAGAGUAAGCAGCACCAAUCAGCAGCAAGGAACAACGUGUCUGCCUGCGAGGUGACCUCCUCUCAGGCCGUCGGCUCCCCGCAACGCUCCAAGCGCGUGAAGGAGAACACGCCGCCGCGCUGCGCCAUGGUCCACAACAGCCCGGCCUGCGGCUCCGCGGUCACCUGCGGGUGGGCCGACGCGGCCUCCAGCAGCACCCGGGAGCGGCAGCGGCAGACUAUCGUCAUCCCCGACACCCCCAGCCCCACGGUCAGCGUCAUCACCAUCAGCAGCGACACGGACGAGGAGGAGGAGCAGAAGCACGCCCCCACCAGCAGCGCCUCCAAGCAGAGGAAGAACAUCAUCAGCUGUGUCACGGUCCACGACUCCCCCUACUCCGACUCCUCCACCAACAACAGCCCCUACUCCGCGGGGGUGCAGCAGCGGGCCGGCCAUGGCAGCAGCCACGCCUUCGACAGCAAGGGUGGCCUGGACGGCCACUGCCCCGGCAACCCCAGGACCAUCAUCGUGCCCCCUCUGAAGACCCAGGCCAGCGAGGUGCUGGUGGAGUGUGACAGCCUCGCGCCAGUCAGCGCUGGCCACCACUCAUCCUUCUACAAGUCCAAGUCCUCCAGCAACGUGACCUCCACCAGCGGCCACACUUCAGGGACCUCGUCUGGAGCCAUUACCUACAGGCAGCCACGGCCAGGACCACACUUCCAGCAGCAGCCUCUGAAUCUCAGCCAGGCCCAGCAGCACAUCAGCGCGGACCGCACAGGGAGCCACCGCAGGCAGCAGGCCUAUAUCGCCCCCACGAUGGCCCAAGCCCCCUACUCCUUCCCACACAAUAGCCCCAGCCACGGCGCCGUUCACCCCCACCUGGCCGCCGCGGCCGCUGCCCACCUCCCAGCCCAGCCUCACCUGUACACGUACACGGCCCCCGCAGCCCUGGGCUCAACCGGCACAGUGGCCCACCUGGUGGCCUCCCAGGGCUCAGCCCGCCACCCUGUGCAGCACACCGCCUACCCCGCCAGCAUCGUCCACCAGGUGCCCGUGAGCAUGGGCCCGCGGGUGCUGCCCUCGCCCACCCUCCACCCGAGUCAGUACCCUGCCCAGUUCGCCCACCAGACCUACAUCAGCGCCUCGCCAGCCUCCACCGUCUACACUGGAUACCCACUGAGCCCCGCCAAGGUCAACCAGUACCCUUACCUAUAAACGCUGGGGAGGGGGCGGCCAGCGGCCGGGGGGGCAAUGCAUACUGAAGACCCUGCCACACAGACGCUGCAGGGC